AUCAUACUCACCCAAGGUAUGACACGUCAGAAUACGCAUGAUCGACGUAAGAAAAAGCGCGUCCAUAGCCAUAAAGUGGGGGCUAGUACAGGUCAUGGUGCCGAGCGCCUACACACUUCACCUCCUCAAGCGGCCAUCAGCAUCGACAGCACCACCUCUGAGGGCUAUAACCAACCGCCUUCUACACAGAGUCAACCCGUCUUGCGCGUCAAGAAGCAGCACGGCUCGAAAACGAUAAAAAUCUACAAGGGUUUCAAAUAUACGAAGUCGUGGGCGUCUACGAAGAAUAUUGUGUACCGGUGUAGUACGUACCGUACGUCACGCUGCAACGGAGUGUUAAAGAUAACACCCCACGGUGAGUGGCGCGUGAUAGGUGACCACAAUUGUCGUAAAGACGUAAUAGUUAACGGGUCGUUAAGGAAUGAGACCGGUGCUAUGAAGAAGAUGACCGAUCGUCUGGCAACGGAGGAUCCUGGGAUGCCCGAGGAAGCCAUUUGGGAGCGUAUUUGUUCUGAGUUCAAUGGGCCCAAUUGCGAGGAGCUUAUCGAAGGGUUAACUGAGGAGCAAGUUAAAAGCCGCGUCCGUCGGGUUCGCCGCAGAUACUACGGUGGAGACAUUCAUGGAGUAGUUGAGGUACCACCGUGCUCGAAGGUCAAGGACUCUGCGAUCCCGUUCUUUCGUUUCCAUCUCGUGACUGCCCACCCGGAACCGAAUGCGCCACCCAACCGUAUACUGGGGUGGGCUCACCCUGCUCUAAAGGAGCUUCUACUUUACAACAGUGUUUCAAUUUUUAUUGACGGUACUUUUAGAUGUGUUCCAAGGGGCUUCUAUCAGUGUCUGAUCGUUAUGGUGGAUGAUCCGGCUCGGAAUAUGUACACUCCGGUGUAUUUCGUACUCUGUACAUCCAAGACCGAGACAAUGUACGAGGACAUCUUGCACCUAAUACACCGCGACACCGGCAAAAAGUUGUCUCCAGCUGAAGUUGUCUGUGAUUUCGAGUUCAGCCUAAUUUCAGCCGUUCAAAGUCUCCCCAACGCCGAGGUGGUAGGAUGCUUCUUCCACUUUAAACAGGCAAUACGAAGACGAAUGAAGAAAGAACGUCUUACGGAAGACGAGAUUUUGAUUGCUAUGGAACCUGGUGUACUUGACAUCCUAACUGUAAUCGAUCCUGAGCUUGUCGACCCAAAGGGUAUUGGAUGGGUUAAACAAGAGAUUAAACGGAAGUGUGCCGACAAAGGAUGUGUGUACUCCGCCCAAGAAUGGCGUAGGUUCUGGCUGUACUUUCGUAAAACCUGGCUAGAACGGUAUUUUAUUACGGAGUGGAAUGUUUUCGGCAUCAUGAACUCGGUAGUUGCUCGUACUAACAACCCAUUGGAGAGGUUUAACCGCGAAAUGAAUGCAGCUUUCAAGCCCCAUCCCAAUCUGCGCCAGUUUGUUUCAACGAUAGGCCGAAUGUCAAGUGCCUACGCCAGAAAGCAGGCCAGCAUCACACGAGGGCUACGCCGGAAGAAACAGCGGUUACCUCGUAUAGCACUUCCGCCGGUACCUGCCUUGACUGAGUUUGAAGUGCCACCUGACUCGGACAGCAACGACGCCGGUUUUGAAGAGUCUGAUGUUUCCCUUGACUCACUCUGUAGUGAAAUUGAUGACAACCUGGGCCUGGGUGGAGAUACAUCGUCGGACGAGGAGUCUAUGGGUGAUGCUACUGAUGAGGCGCUUACAGGUGCAGUGGCCGCCAUAAAAGACUCAGAGCAGAGGAUCACAGAGGCCGCGAAUGUGUACGACAAUUCAUUGGACUGGGAUGGAGAUCAGGAGGCUGACGAGGAGAGCAGCUCAGAAGAUGACUAA